AUGGCCCGACAAUUGCAGCCGCGCUUCGUCUCCACGCCGCUGAUCGUGUUCAGCAUAGCACUCUCCCUCACAAUCUCCUCACUCAUACUCAGUCCUGCAACAGCAGAGUCGAUCCAUGUUUCUCCCAAGCGACGCAUUAGAGGGCUGCUCGACCUAGUCAGUACCCCCCUCGACGGCUCCAUCCCCUCCUUAUUCCUCGGCGCCUCGCCGAUCUCCGCGGCAGCGCAGCGCGUGCUGCUGGGUCAGGCCCUACUAGGCGCGGAGCCCGCGGCGUCGUCGACGCAGCUAUCGUCUGUGCAGCCCUCUGUUGUGCUGGCGACCGAUCAGUCAUUACGACAGUCGCCAGAAGAGUCGCUAAGACAAUCGUCAAAACAUUCGCUAGAACUGACGACAAAACAGUGGCUAGAACAGUCAUCAGGGCAGUUGCCAGAACAGUCGUUUGAACAGUCGUCGGGACAGUCGUCUGAUGAGUCGCCUGUCGUGCUCCCUGCAGCAUCCGCAACGAAAGCUUCAGCAGUGAAGCCGCACGACGCCACGUGGACCGCGCUGCACAACAAGUACGCCAGAACUGCCGAUCUGCUGCCGUCAGCUGACGUCAUCUUCUAUGGCGAUUCGCUCACAGAGGGCUGGCUCGGCACGUUCAAGGGUGCGUCGACCGGUCUCUACGCGGGCGUGAGGGGCGUGUUCGAGUCGGUGAAGGCGGCGGUGGGUGCGACGGCCGUGCAGGCGUUCGGCAUCGCAGGCGACACUGUGGACGACGUGCGCGAGAGAAUGGAGGGCGGCGAGUUCCCCGCAUCGCUGCAGCUGCGAGUCGCGGUGGUGUGUGCGGGCAUCAACGACGUGCUGCAGGGGAGAACCAGCGCCAGCACCACGGCUAGCAAGGUGGCAUCGCUGGCGAUCAGUGUGCGCAAGGCACACCCCUCCACCUCCGUGCUCGUGCUGGGGCUGCUGCCCGAGGCGGCCACGAGCAAGAACGUGUCACUGCCUGACCCUGUGCCGGCUCAAGUGAACGUCCUCCUCGCCUCCGCUCUCCAAUCAGUGGACGGGGUGUCGUUCCGCGACUGCUCAUCUGCCUUCACCAACCCCGGGGGUUCCAUCAAUGCAGCAGCCUACGCUCCUGACUCCUUCCGCUACCUGCACCUGUCAGCCGCGGGCUACAAGGCAUGGUCGGGAUGCUUCUCCCCGCAAGUGAAGACCAUGCUCAACGCACCUCCCUCCAAGCCCUCGCCUCCGCCUCUCAAGUCGCCCCCCACCACCUCGCCACUGCCCUCCGACUCAUCCCCUCGCAAGCAGCCCUCGCAGCAACCACCAAAGGAUAAGGCACCGUCCGCCAACUCAACAAAAACAAAGUCACCGCCCACCAAAGCUUCUCCCUCCAAAUCUCCUCCCUCCAAAACUUCUCCUUCCGUGUCUCCUCCUUCCAAAGACCCUCCUGCCAAAAACACUUCCGCCAAAGCACCCCCGUCCAAAGCCCCGCCCUCCAAGGCACCCCCAUCCAGAGAUCCCCCGUCCAAAGCCCCUCCCCAGCAAUCAUCCCCAGUCAAGCCCCCCCCAGCUGCGCCCUCCCUCCCAGCCCCUGCUGCUCCCUCCCUUCCCCCUCCUUCCCCUUCCAAGCUCCCCGCCGCCUCCACACCCAAUCACACUUCAGACACUCCUGCCAAGCUCCCUGCCAAACCCUCUGCUUCCAAGAGCCGUUCCCCUCACAAGUCAUAUAAGCAGACCCCCUAUAAGCACGUCCCGUCAAAGGAGCCACCAGCAGCUGACCUUCCUCCGCCUGCCUCUGAGCCUCCUUCCAACAAAACGGGUAACUCCAGUAAAACCACAAGCGCUGGGACUAAACCCGCAAACAACCCGUCCGAACCUGCUGCGGAGCCCGGUCCCAAGUCGUUCAAGCCUGGGCAAAACACGUCCGAGCCUGAACCGAGCCAUUCUGAUCCCGAGCCUGGCGUUUCAAAGCCUGCGGGGGGUUCCUCCGAGCCAAUAGGCAGUCCAUCCGAACCUGAGCCGGUUCCUUCCGAGGCAGAUGGUUCGUCAGGUUCGGGGAUCAAGAGGAUAAAGGGGCGAGACCCUGAGCACCCGUAUGAGCCUGGGGGAAGGAGCAGUGGGGGUGGGGUGGACAGGGGGAAUGGAAGCAGUGGGACCAGUGGCAGUGGCAGCGACAGUGGCAGUGGCAGCGGCAGCGGCAGCAGCGGUGGUAGUGGUAGUGGUGGCAGUGAUGGUGGUGGCAGCACUGGCAAUGGGACGAAUGGGGAUGUGACACGUGGGAAUGUGACAACUGGGAAUGUGACACGUGGCAAUGUGAAAGAGGGCAACGUGACGGGAGGGAGGAGAGGGCCUACAAUAGCCAAUCCAGUGGAGAAGCAACCAGCCGCUGACACCGUGCCGUCUGCCUCGGCUAAACUGCCCCCUGCUGCGCAACCACAGAGGCCGCUUCCAUCCGCCACGCCGUCACUGCCUGUUUCGCUGCCUCCCCUGCCUCCUCUUCCCAUACCAUCUCCUCGCCCCAAGCUGCUUCCUCCCGUCGCUACCCCCUCGUCUCCAUCCCCCUCUGCACCUGCUCAUCCCCGUCACCCAGAGCUUGUGAGGUGCGGCACGCGGCUCGAGGUCACGGGGCUGGACGGCCUGGCUCUCAGCGCGUCGUCGCUCAGCCAAUCAGCGGUGGACGCGCUGGGCGCGUCGCGAUGCGGCGCGCCGCACGCCGCCGCGAAUUCCGCGUCGAUGCUGGAUCAGUCGUUCGUCGUCCUGCCGCCCAACUCCUCCGCGUUUCACGGCGCGUCUUACGGUGGCCCUCACGCGCCUCGUCAUGGAGCCGCUGGUGGGGCGAUCCGACCGUCAAUUAAUCCCGCGAUCUGUGCUCCGCCGUCGAUUCCGCGUCCCCUUAUAAGCAGUCCCGUUACUGCGAGUCCUGGUGCUGUUCCUGCCGCGUCUGCCGCCGUGUCUCCCGCUGCUGGCCGAGCUGGUGCAUCGAACCCAGCGUCCAUCCUGGAAGAGCAGCAGCCGCGACCACAGCCGCAGGAUCAGACCCAACGGCAUCCCCAGCAGGGACCAUCAACGGCUGAGAUUCAUUCUCAGAGCCAGUCUCGAUCUCAGCUUCAUCCGCAGCAGCAUCAGCCGCCGCCAGCCAGAGCCGCGCUUCCGCCAACCGUUGGUGGACACGUGGCCUUGCAAUCACACGCGGCCUUUCAGUCGCCCUCGGGUCGCAGGGCACCCCCCUCGCGUCUGGACGAGUCGUUCGUGGUGCUACCCGGCUCAGCUGCUUCUCUCUACGCCGCUCCUCCUGCCCUCCCCCACGCGCCCUCCUCCUCCUCCUCGCACGCCCGCCUCUCGCCCCACACCCACCCCUUCCCCCUGCCGCCCACCAUGUCCGGUGCUGCUGCUAACGCAGCUGCUCCUGCUGUUCUCCCUCCUGCUUCAUACGCUGCUGCUGGUGGCGCCGCUGCUGCUUCUGCUCGCCCAAGCGACUCUGCGCGCUCCCCAUAUCCCUUGGCUUCUGAAGGAGUGGUCGCAGCAGCUGUAGCUGUCACUGCUGCUGCCGCUGCUGCGGCUGCUGGUGGUGCGUGUGGUGGUGCGUGUGGUGGUGAUGCCGCUCCGUCCCCUGCCUCUGAAUGCUUGACCCACCAAGGCGAGAGCUCAGGUUCGAAGCAGGUGCAGCCGGAGAACGUGAUGGUGGAGAACGGUUCAGAGGGGUCUGCUGUUGAUGAGGAGAGAGGAAGAGGAAGGAGUGAGGAAGAAGAAGGGAGAGGGAUUGCAGAGGAGGAAAGGAGAGCGAGUGUGGAGGGAGGAGGUGAAAGAAGGGAUGGUAUGAUGGGAGGGUUGGAGAGACGAGGUGAUGGAGACGAGGAGGAGCGAAAUGAUGGCGAGAAUGACCCUGGCGAGAGUGGUAACCAGCAAGAGAAAAAUCAGCAGAAUCAGCAGCAGCAACAGCAGCAGCAAGAACAACAACAACAGGAACAGCAGCAGCAGCAAGUCAAAGAGCGAGGCAGUGAGAGGCGGGCACGGGACGUGCAGGCAGGGGCGGGGGGCCUGGCGGGGCAGAUAGAGGCGGUGGACCGCGUGUUUGACCUGGUGGCUCUGCGCACCAAGGUGGAGAUGCCCCUCUGCUGCCACUGCGCCCACCACGUCUGCCAAGAGAUCGACGCCCAGGUGAGGGAGGCAGAGGAGGAGAUAGCAGCGUACGAAGCAGCGCUGCACUCCAUCCUCGCCACCUCCCCCUCGCUCGCCGCCUUCCCCUCCUCCCUCUCCUCUGCCUCGCACCCAUCCUUCCCAGUUAACCAUCCGAACACCACUUUCACCCCCGCUGCUGGUGGGGCGCCCAUGGGGGAGGAGGCAUUCCGGCAGCACAUGGCUGAGGUGGAGGAGGAGGAGAGGCGGUUGCAGCAGGAGGCGGCAGAGUUGGAGCAGCAGAGGGCGCAGCUGAGGACGCAACUGGGGGAGGUGGAGGCGGAACAGGCUGAGCUGGACGCUGCUGAGGAGAGGUACUGGCACGAGUUCAACGAGUUUCAGUACCAAGUGUCCGUGCACCAGGAAGCACGGGACGGUCUGUUGGCGUCUAUAGAGGCGGCAGCAGCGCAGUCAGACGCGUUGAGGCGCAGCUUUGUGCUCAACGAUGCCUUCCACAUCUGGCACGACGGUGACUUUGGCACCAUCAACAACCUGCGCCUCGGCCGCCUUCCCUCCGUGCCCGUGGAGUGGGAGGAGCUGAACGCAGCAUGGGGUCAGGCGUGCCAUCUGCUCUUCACACUCGCUCGCAUUGCCAACUGCCCUGUCGCUCAUCGCAUCAUCCCCAUGGGCAGCUUCCCUCGAAUAUCUGACGGCCACAACCAGUUUGAGCUCUUCGGCCCAGUGAAUCUCUUUUGGAGCACGCGCUACGAUCGGGCGAUGCUGCUCUUCCUGCACGCCCUCACGGAGUUUGCCGCAUUUGCCAAUGCACACGACCGCACCAACCACCUGCCGCCUGAAAAGUCCUUCCAGCUGCCCUACAAGAUCGAGGGUGACAAGAUCCAAGGGCUGACGGUGAAGCAGAGUUUCAACCGAGAAGAGAGGUGGACCAAGGCGCUCAAGUAUCUGCUGUGCGAUGUCAAGUGGGCGCUCGUGUGGACCAUGACCAACUUCCACCCUCCGCUGCCCACGCCUCCCCCGGCUAUACUGAACCUCGUCUCGCAUCUGGAACCCCUCGACCCAGCCUAG